AUGGAUGGGUCCCAAGGCCAGGCCGGUCAGCCCAUGGUGCCGCCGCAGCAGCAACAGCAACAACAGCAGCAGCAGCACUCCAACCUCAUACGAACCGACCAGGUACAAAAGCUUCCGCAUCUCAAUGAUCAACAGAAGGCGCAGCAUACUCAGUUGGUGCGCACCCUCUGGGAUGUACUCAACAGCCGCGACGCGCAAAGUCACGAAUACCAGACAGCACAUUCGAAGCUGUCGCAGCUAUCACAAAAUUUGAUGAAGGGGAUGCGGAUGUUCCAGCAGACUCGCCAGCAGGCAAUUCAGCAACAAUCCCAGCCCCAGCCAACCCAACCGAUGGGACAGGUUCCCCAGGGCCAGCCUCAGCAAGGCCAGCAGGGCCAGCAGGGCCAGCCCGUCCAGCGCACUCAAUCGAACAACCCCCAGAACCUUGGCCAGCUUCUGCCACAAAUCCAGGCCAAGGUUAGCUCGUUGAAUUUUUAUCUCCCACCAAAUGUCACCAACGAGCAGGUCCAGACGUGGAUUCCCGAGGCCCGGUUGCGAUACGGAAUUGCGCUCCAGAAGCAGGAAGUCGGACGGGCUCGUAUUGCAGACCUGCGUCAGUCGUUUUCUCAGCGCCAAGCUGCUGGUAAUAUGACACAAGAGGAGGUGCAGGAAUUUAAGAAUCGUCAGCUAGCUGCAGAGAAACUGUUUCGCGAGGGUAGUGACUUCCUGAACAAGUUCAAAGAGCAGCAGGAGAGCUUUAAGAUGCAAUCACAGCAGCAAACCCAGCCGAUGCUCGCCCAGGCCCAAAACCAGGGAGCUCCAGUGGCACAGCAGAACAAAGCUGCUCCUGUAGCAGCCCCGCAGCCAACCCAGCAACCACCUCAGCAGGCAGUUCCCAAUCAACAAACCCAAAACACAGCCAGUUCGAUGCCGGGGCAGGCGCCAACCCCAGCACCUCACACUAUCAACUCGGCCGUCAACGCUGCACGUAAUCAAGCUGGACAGGCCAUGUCUCCCUCGACAUCCCAACCAGGGCAAGCGCCGCCUUCUGCAGGUGGCACGCCUGCUCCUUCCAACGCACCACCACCUAUCCAGCGUCCUCAACCUCCUUCCCAACAGGGAACUCCAGGCGCGCAAAUAACCUUCAGUCAAACUCCCAACGCUGAUGGUUCAACUCCUCCAAACUCCCAGCAAGGCCCCAACCAGGUUCCACCUCGCCCACUGACCCAGGCUACGGCUAUGCAACAGUCUGCGAACAACUACACCGCGCACCAAGGCCACCAGCAGCAAGCACAACAACAACAACAACAGCAACAGCCUAUGAACCAGGCUGCUAACCAGCAACAAGCUCACCCACCCGGUUAUCUCGCCAACCGUUCCGCCGAAGCAAGCGCUCGCAACAUCAACAUGGUCAUCCCCAAGAACCUAAACGUUUCAACCCCAGAGCCCGUCUCAAUGUCCACCCCACGACCCUCCCUCUCCGGCGGACCCAGCCACGGCGCAAUGGGUAUGAUGGGACAACCCGCCAUCCAGAAACACCCAGGUUACGUCCUCGAAGGCGAAGGCCAGCACGUCCUCAGCAAGAAAAUGCUUGACAUCCUCGUCCGCCAAGUAACCGGAGGAGGAGAUGGAGAAAUGCUAACUCCCGACGCUGAAGAGUUCAUCCUCCAAAUGGCAGACGACUUCGUCGACGACGUAAUCAGCCAAGCCUGCCGCCUCGCCAAACUCCGCCCCUCCUCUUCCCUAGAGAUCCGCGACAUCCAACUCGUCCUAGAACGCAACUACAACAUGCGCAUCUCCGGCUUCGCAACCGACGACCUUCGCACCGUCAAGAAACCCCAGCCUACAACCGGCUGGCUCCAGAAGAUGUCCGCCGUCCAAGCUGCAAAGGUAACUCAGGGCCGAACGGAGUAA